CGUCAACAAAGCUUGGACCAGAACAGACCCUUCCCAGAACCUACAUAUUGCCCCUUCACCUCGCCGCCACCUGUCCGCCUCUUUCACCAUGUCUUCCGACAACAGCAAUUCGAAUCAGACCAACAACGAUAUGGCGCGCCAACAGAGACGGGGUUCUGUGACUGCUUCAUCUGCCGCUUUGGCAAGCCUCUUCCGAAGCAACUCCAUCACACAGGGCCAGCCACCUAACUUCCCCGGAACAUCUGCCGCCAUCAACGAGCAACGUCGGAGACUCUCCAUCACCACCCUCGGCCUGUCCGGAACAUCGCCGUCGGCUUCCUUUAUGCGUCGUGCCAGCCUCUCCACCAACAACUCGGAACUGGCUGAAGAGAACGCCAUUGAUGAAGAUGAUUCAGCCCGCACCGCUCCAGCCGUUCCCUUCGGCCGCCGCAUGAGCCUAGGUGCCCGAGGUCCUUGGGGUGGUGUAAGCCCUGGGACAAAUGAGCAAGGCUUCAACUGGUCCGAGCAACUUCGAUCUCGUGCUGAGAGCACCGUCUCUGGUCAACGGCACUCAAUCUCCUUUACCUCGGGCCUCAGUGGCUCGCCUCCUGGCGCCGGCUUUAGGCGCCCAUCUCCGCCAGUCUCGACCCCUCAACAUGACAGGACCAAAUCUGUCUCCGAAAUGCCGGCGCCUCCCGCCCAGGCGCCGAAGGCACGACCUGUCCCACAAAAGCCCGAUCCCUUCCAGGAGCGCAUUCUGAAGGGCGACUUUUACAUGGACUGAGCGCGGUCCCUCAAUCACUGGCUUGACGUUGUUUUCUUUUACAUUGGUUUUUACAACAUGACAUAUCUGCUUUUUCUUUCUGGGACUGGAGCAUCAGUUUUCUCCGCCCUCAUGCACCGGAGUUUAGGGAAGGGCUAGGUUCUCCUGUCGCGGCAGGCCUUGAAGAAAACAAAACCGGACAUAAACUAUGGCAAAGGUUCAUUUUCAAUAGGGGAACUGCACCUAUGGAACUUACUAUUGCAUCGUUGUUGUUUUAUUUGUUUACCGGCAAAGGUACAUACGCCGGUCGUUCUAAGGCGAAGCAGGCGAGCGAUCCGAGAUGAGGAAAUGACCACACCAUCCAGUUUCAUCAGGUUGAGACGAACUCGCUUUUUUCUCUUUCAUGUUUCGUAUGAAUCGGGUAUCGGUUUUUAUGGUAUCGGUUGCUUCACAAGGUUGGCAUGUUUGAGGACGAUACACACAGAUUGGGAGGAGUGGCAGGAACAUUCAAGCAUAUGGGCAAUGGUUAUGGGAAGGCUUGGUGGUUACGGUAAUCGUCAAAUAGAUUACCCAAUACAAUACAUAUUUCAAUACCUUCUG